AUGGACAGACUGUGCAACACGAGAAUAGUGUCCAUAGAAGCUGACCUGCACGCUUUCCUUCUCGGAGUAUUAGAGUGCAUCAAAUUCCAUAUGAUAGCUCUGCAGCAGACCAAGAGCAGAAGGAGCGACAACGUUCGACAGAUGAAUGACGCUACACUCGUUAUUCGUGGAGAAAAGGUUCCGUCGCGAAAUGUAGGCGUUGUUGGUUUUGUUGUGCUCCUAUCUGUUGUCAGUCUUUUCGAUUCUCACGAGGUUUUGUCACCUCGUGUGGCCAUUCUUCGCCUCCGUCCUCUGCGCCAAAAACCCAUUAGCAUCAUUAACUGCUACUCAUCAACAUCUGCAGCUGAUGAAUCCGAAUUGGUCGCGUUUAUGAGGAGCUGGAAGAUGUGA